UCCGUCUAACGCGCUCACACACGUUUCUUCUUCUUCUUCUUCUUCUUUUGCAGACCAGAGGCCGCUGCUCCGUCUUUAACCUCCCCUGCCUCCCUCCCUCUGCUGGGGAACACAGGGGGGAUGAAUGGGGAGGCGAUGGAGGGGAACCCGGUGCAGGAGCAGCAGCAUGCCGGUAACGGCUCCCACCUCCCUCCCCCUCCCACCAUCACGCCAGCCAUACCCCCCUACGUGAAGCUGGGCCUGACCAUCGCUUACACCAUCUUCUACUCGCUGCUGUUCGCCUUCGUCUACGCCCAGCUCUGGCUGGUGCUGCGAUACCGACACAAGCGCUUCAGCUACCAGACGGCCUUCCUGUUCCUGUGUCUGCUGUGGGCCGCCCUGCGCGCCCUCCUCUUCUCCUUCUACUUCAGAGACUGCGUGACCGCCAACGCUCUCGGACCCUUCGCCUUCUGGCUGCUCUACUGCUUCCCCGUCUGCCUGCAGUUCUUCACGCUCAGCCUCAUGAACCUCUACUGUGCACAGGUUUACUUUAAGGCAAAGUCCAAGUACACACCUGCACUGCUCAAGUACAGACUUCCUCUGUACCUGGUCUUCUUGGGCGUCAGUCUUCUCUUCCUGGUGGUUAAUCUGGUCUGUGCCCUCCUGGUCAAAAUGACCGCAGCUGAUGUCAAGACCAUCGUCCUGGUGAGGGUCACCAUCAACGACAGUCUGUUCGUCCUCUGCGCCGUCUCGCUGUCCGUCUGCCUCUACAAGGUCGCCAAGAUGUCGCUGGCCAACAUCUACCUGGAGUCAAAGGGCACGUCGGUGUGUCAGGUGACUCUGAUUGGCAUCACGGUAGUGUUGCUGUACGCAUCACGAGCCUGUUACAACCUUGUGGUGCUCGCCCUCACCGACAUCGAGACCAUCAACUCCUUUGACUACGACUGGUACAACGUCUCAGACCAGGCGGACUUGCGGUCGUCGCUGGGAGACGCCGGUUACAUCGUGUUCGGGGUGAUCCUGUUCGUCUGGGAGCUUCUGCCCACCUCGCUGGUCGUCUUCUUCUUUCGGGUCAGACGGCCGCCUCAGGAAAGGAGCACCGUCGGGAUACCAAACCACGUUCUCUCCUCCAGGGGUUACUUCUUUGACAACCCUCGUCGGUACGACAGUGACGACGACCUGGCGUGGAGCAUCCCCCCCCAGAACGCAUCAGCAAGUCUUUCCUCCGACUGCUACGACUGGGGCAGCCGCCACAGCAGCUUCACUGUGCACACCAACAGCGACGAACAGCGCCUGACCGCCGCCACCGCCGCCGGAGAGCUCCACCCUUACCCAUAAGCCCUCUCUUCACUGUACAGCAUCAGUCUGCACUUUGUGAUUGGUUGUCGUGUUUCUUAUUAUCACUGACAUCCAGUUUGUAGAGUCACAGAGAGAAUUUAGGGAAAACACCAGAACGUCCAGCAGGGUUCCUACACAGGUUGUAGUAAUACUGUAGUGUAGUACACCAACGCAGUAGCACUCCAGUAACUGAUGUGGAAAAUGUUUGUUAAAAUACACACAGUGAGAAAAUAUCUUGCUGAAGUUUGGAGACGACACAAAUCCACUGAUCAGGUGCUCAAAGAUAAAUUGUACAUGUACAAGAACAACAAUUUAAAUGCCACUUACAGGUGAAACAAAACAAAGCAAAUGCACACA